GGGGGAGGGAGGCGGCGCUGGCGGGUCCCGGAGCCCGAACAGGGGCCCUACGGCGCCGGCCGGCGGGGCGGGCCCGGCCCUCAGCGCCCGCACGGCAGAGCCGGGCAGCGCCGCAGGUGAAACAUGGGACAGUUUCUACGGAACUCUAGGUGACUUCUUGACAUCCUGGUUACCAUGACACUCAGCAGAGGACUGUGGGAAUAAAGUGGGAAUCCCUCCCCGCCCUUAAAAAACCACCUAAUGGCCUCAACUGGGGCUCACCUGGUAUGCUAACGUCAUGGGGAGCUGCUACAGCUACCUGUGCAGAGACAGUGUCCCAGACAACCACCCCACCAAGUUUAAGGUAACAAAUGUGGAUGAUGAGGGUAACGCGCUGGGAUCUGGGAUUAUGGAGCUAACGCAGACGGAGCUCAUCUUGCACACACACAAGCGCGAUGCUGUCAGGUGGCCAUACCUUUGCCUGCGCCGCUAUGGCUAUGACUCCAACCUCUUCUCCUUCGAGAGCGGACGCCGCUGCCAGACCGGACAAGGGAUAUUUGCCUUCAAGUGUUCAAGGGCGGAGGAGAUCUUUAACCUGCUGCAGGACCUAAUGCAGUGUAAUAGUAUCAAUGUGGUGGAGGAGCCAGUCGUCAUGACUAGGGGCAGUCACUCCACUGAGCUGGAGCUAUCCCGGACACCCCAGACACCUAACACUCUGGGAUACACUGUUCCAGGGUUCCCCAACGGAUUCCACAGCUUCCCUGGGGAAGCCCCAUCCUACUCCGCAGCCCGACACCCUUCCAUGAACAGCUUGAGACACUCCUCCAUUGGGGAGGACUCCACACAUGCCCUCAUUGGGCCGGAUGAGCAGUCCCACACCUAUGUGAACACAACCAGUGGCGAGGAGGAGAUGAGGGGCCGGCACUGCAUGCACUCACUGCCUGAAGUUCACCCUCCUUUUCUGCACGGGAACCACAGCUGCUCUCUGGAGGACCGAAACCCCCAGGUCUUCCUUCAGCCGGGGGAGGUGAAGUUUGUGCUGGGCCCUGCCCCAGUUCACAGGCACAUGGUGAAACGUGACAGCUCCUACCGUUACCAUCGGGAGUGCGGGGGACACAUCUGCGCCCCUAACAACAACAACGAGUGCAAGGAUGAGUGCCUCGUGCCCAGGUGCGUAUACGAGAAUGUGAAUGGCCUGCUGCCUGCUGGGGGCGCGUCUCUCCGGCGUGGUGGGCGCUUGAAACUCACCCGGGAGGACCUGGGCUUAAACAGCUGCUCUCACCGCAGGACGCCCCUGCUGCACUACGAGAACCUGCCUUCCUUGCCUCCUGUGUGGGAGUGCCAGCCGCUGCGGCAGGACGAGGACUCUGGGGACGCGCUGACUCCUUCUCCGAAUGGCUACCCCGAGCCGGAUGAAGGUGAUCCCCUGCAAAACUACAUGAACUCAGAGAACACCGCACUGCACAGCGACCUGCGUCGGGAUGACUUCUUGCAGCACCGCCACAACUGCACACCUAGUGUCUUCAGCUUCGACUUCCGCCGGCCCUGCCCAGAGCAGCAGCGGCAGCUCAACUACAUCCAGGUGGAGCUGGAGGCUGACCCCCACAAGAGGCGCCAGAGCCUCCAGGUGCCCUGCGCCCCACUUCCUGCCGCCCACCCAGCCAGCAGGAUGGACUCCUAUGCGGUCAUUGACCUUAAAAAGACAGCAGCUAUGUCCAACUUGCAGAGAGCGCUGCCCAGAGACGAUGGGACUUCAAGGAAAACUCGGCAUAACAGCACCGACUUGCCUCUGUAAGGGAAACACUGCGUGCAAGCGCUGCAUUGUGGCUUUCGUACCUGCCUUUCAGUGUAUCAUGUAGCGUGACUUUUGUUCUCUAUUGCCCCGAUGCCCUGUUAACCCUAUUGCUCAAUACAGCAUCCUGGGAUAGCUCCAGCACGUGGACUUUACAAAUGUCUGCCUGCCUCUCUCCGUUCCUCCCAUGUCAUUUGUUUCUAAAGCCUUGUAGAGUAGCAGAAAACAUUCAUUAUUUAUUUAUUUAUUUAUUUAAGUACUUUUGUUCGGUGCCAGCAUUCGAAACGGCACCAAGCGGAGUAUAAAUGUAAACAGGUCAUUCAUGGACCAGGGUCAAUCCCCCUUGCUUUCAUGGCAUCCAUGUCGGCAGCCUGUGGAGAGAAGACAGCAGAGGGGUGGAGAGAGUAUUGGGAGCGUUUUAAAAAAAACAACAACAUAGGAGCAGGGGGAAAAACUGGGAAUGCAAGUGGAGUUAGAGGUUUGGGAUCAGGGAGCUCUUGGUGUGUACGUAUCUGUCUGCCUUUUUUGUAGAUAUUCAAAAAUGUUUUCCAGCUGUCGGUUUAUUUAUUUGUUUUAUUUUUCUAUCUAUUUAUUUUAUUUUGUAAACGUUCUUUUGCACCAAAGUUAAAAGUGCCAAGCCAGUGGCAACAUGGAAUGGAUCCGCUUGGUGUUCACCUCCUUUUUUGGGGCGGGGGCUGAUGGGGGGUGGAAUAUGGUGAAAAGGGUGAUGUAUUACAUCCAGAUGCUUUGUGGAACUACAAAUGGGGAAAGCGUAGCUGUGACUCAAAGCUCAGUUACCUGGAAUGCACUGUAUUGGGCUGGUGGGAGUGAGUGCAGAAAACAUGGGAGUGUGAGCAUAGCUGUGAGGCAACCAAGCUUGGAGUCAUAUCUACGGAGCAGUGCCUAUUCCCACAUACCUCGCUGAGUCCACGUGAAAUAACUGACUAGUGUUUUGGCUAAAUGCAUGGCUCGUUUCCUUGUAUUGUAGACUCAAAGGACUAAAUUCAGCUUUACUGUAACUCCAUUGGCUUUGAGUGGUUGUAACCAGUUACCCCAGGGCUGAAUUUGAUGUGAACCAUCAGGCCCUUCUGUAAAAAAAACAAACUUGCGCAUGACGUUCUACUUCUCUUCCACUGUGGGAUGUUCCAGUGAUGACAUUCUGUGUAUGGUUUCACUUGCUACAGGCCACGCCAAUCUCUGCAGCAUGAGGCAUUCACUGAUUCCACUUUGUUAUUCCCUUUCAUUUCUGUGAGACGUAAAAGAGCUCUUGGAAUUAUAUUGACUUCUGCCUUAUCGUUUUGAAACUCUCUCACCCUCUUCCGCAGGGAUUGGAAUCACGCCAUCCAAUUCUCUGAAAGCUCACUCGGGGUUGGCAAAUCGAGCCAUCCAAACCUUCCUAUGAUGUCCUGGCCAUUGGUAUGUUAACAGACUAGAGUCAGUGAAAGGGAAAAGCUGGAUCAUCUGCUUAUAUUUUGGCCCUGGUGGUCACAAGCAUAAUCUGUCGAUUUUUGAGAUUCUUCCAAUGCUAACAAACCCAACUUCUUUUCGGUGCUGUAGUGCUGCCUUGAAAAGUGAGGCUUUUAGGAGCAAUGGCAAAGAAUGUAGUCACAGCCCUACAAAUAAGUAAAGCUGAUGGGUAUCCAUAUAAUCUCUUUACCCUCUAGUCAGGAGCUCCUCACCAUUUGUAGAGCUUUGAUUCUUCUGAUUGGCUUGGUGUCUGCAUUACAAAUACCAAACACCACCACCACCUUCAGACCACCACCUUCAGAAGUGAGUGAGUUUUGGCAAACCUUUGACCUCUUGUCUUCCAGGCUUCCCUCCAGCUCUUAUUUUUGUUCUGUAACAGAAGCUAAUUAUUUUUAAUAUAUGAACUGACUUUAUUUAAAGGGAAACUGUCACGUGGUUUAUGCCCCACAUUUAGGUUUCAUUGGGGGGGAGGAAGAAUUAUUAUUUUUUUAAGUAACUGUAUAAAAUAUUUUCAUGAACAAUCUCAAUGAAGAGGCUUUUUUUAAGGUUUAAACAUCACCCUUCCUCGCAGCUUUUGCAUCUCAGACAUCACAGCACUGGACAAUGCCUGAGAAUCUUUAGCUGAAACUGACUAACUGCUGAAUUUAAGUUGACUUGUCUAGUUUUGCUCACCCAGCUGAGAGAUGUGCAAAACAUCCAGGCCAAAAAAAAAAAAGU